UCGGUGGCUCUGUCCUGUAGCGGGUCGGUGGCUCUGUCCUGUAGCGGGUCGGUGGCUCUGUCCUGUAGCGGGUCGGUGGCUCUGUCCUGUAGCGGGUCGGUGGCUCUGACCUGUAGCGGGUCGGUGGCUCUGUCCUGUAGCGGGUCUGUGGAGGUGAAACCUGAAGCGACGCUCUGACAGAUCUGGAGUCCGCGGAGCUGCAGGACGGACCGGGGGCUGUCACCGGAGAAGAAGCAGCCUGGACACACACACAAGAAAGACCUCACUGGACUAAAUAUAGAAAGCAGUCAGGGCUGCACGCACACGCCCUCCUCCCGUGUGGCCCCACGGACUGUCCGGUGGAGGUGGAGGUGGAGGCACCGUCACCUGUAGGUCCAGCUCCGACAGGAUUCAUUUCCCGAGCUACUUGAGAGACAGCUCCGCUCUGCCGGGCUCCACGCUGCCCGCGGGGCCUCCGCUCCGACGACGUCACGGCCUCAGUAACACCCAGAUUUGUCUGCGGCGUGAAGACAUGUCGUACGGAAAAGACACUGGCAACGAAAAAACAAAUACGACUAAACACGGUGAAAGUAAUGAGAGCGAGUGGCAGGGGAGUGUUGGAGGCGGAGGAGCUUCGGGGGUGAAGACAUUACAGCGGGCGAGUGAGAACAGGAGCCGGGUCUGUUCUCUGGAGCCGGCUAAUUGAGCUGGGAUGAGUGACAGCGGACGCAGGUACAGGAGGCCUGGACUGGUGCUCUGCUGGUUCCUGCUCUGCGUCUCUCUCCAGCCGGACGGCCUCCACCUGCGCGGGGCGUCGGCCGUCAACCUGCGGCGCUUCAUCGGCUGCGCGGUCCGGGAGUUCACCUUCCUGGCCAAGAAGCCCGGCUGCAGGGGCAUGCACAUCACCACCGACGCCUGCUGGGGGCGCUGCGAGACCUGGGAGAAGCCCGUCGUGGAGCCUCCCUACAUCGAGUCCCACCAGCGGGUCUGCACCUACAACGAGACCCGGCUGGUCACCGUCAAACUGCCCCACUGCCAGUCCAGCGUGGACCCGACCUACACCUACCCUGUGGCCCUGAGGUGCGACUGCGGCGUGUGUCUGACCAGCACCACGGAAUGUUUAACCUUCGUCUGACACAAUCUCUGUUACGUACACGUUUGCUUUUAAUAACUGCUGCAUAAAUCACAAUGUACCGACGCUGUACUUCAAAUAUUCAAACCACAUCCUGAUACUGUAACGAAUUCAAUCUACACCACUAAAGUUUGUCAGUGAGCAGGGUCAGGUCAGAUUACUCAGUUACUGACUACAAAUUACAUGUCAACUUUUCCAAUCAAUAACAUAAUCCAUAGGGUCACAAAAAUCAUACUUUUGUAUUACUUCAAAAUCCAACCUUGAAAAUAUUGCACCUUAUUCUAACAAAAAAUGGACCCAACCGCAAAAUUUGGAGUUGCACAAAUUUAAUUCAAUUCUUCAUUCUAUUCAAUUCAAUUUUUUCAAAUGUAAUCUGGAUUGAUUAUAGUUACUUAUUUUUUGUAAUCUGACAACGUAAUCCAGAUUACAUGAAUCCAUUGCUACCCAACCCUGAGGACUGGUUGUUUCACUGCCUGUUGAGAUUGUGAUUGCUGUAGUUGACAUAAUUAAUAAUUAGUCUUUCAAAGAAUAAUCAGUGGUUAAUGAUGCGGCUGCUCGUUACCACCUUAUUAACUGGCCUGAGCUCUGAGGCCGAAGCUUCCCGCUGCUUAGUCAUCAACAGUGUCGGGGCAAAAUCAUUCAUGUUGUUCCAGAGGAGAACAGGGGUUUAUGUAAUAACACCGCUCGUAAUAAUGUCCGAGUGCCCCCGGGUUUGAGGUUGAGAGGAACUGAACGCCCCCAGGUCGUCUAUCUGUCUCUGGUCCGGUCAAAUCUGAGAAUUGAUGUAAUAUUACGUAAGAAACAGGUUGAAAUAAAUAGAAAUAUGAAUCUUUUCUCAAAGUA